AUGAGGAUAGCUGUGACAGGCUGCCGUGGUUCUGUAGGCAAACGAGUGGUAACCUUGGCACUCAAGCGAGGGCACACCGUCCUUGGGAUCGACAGGGAACCAGCGGAGUACAUCGACGAACGCGCUGACUAUGUAUAUGUGAAGCUGGAUUUAACAGACUACAGCACCACUCUAGACACCUUGAAGGGGUGUGAUGCGGUAGUCCAUCUCGCAGCUUUCCGCAACCCCGGUGACUAUGGUGUUACUACACACAACAACAACGUUGUAUUGUCCUGGAACGUCCUUCGGGCGGCGGCCGAGUUGGGGAUUACCCGGGUAGCACAAGCUUCCUCAGUCAACGUCAUAACGAUGGUGUACAGUCAAGCUCCCCACUUUCAUUAUUUCCCUAUCGACGAAGACCACCCGUGUCUACCUGACGAGCCCUACGGACUAUCCAAAGUCAUCUGUGAACUCCAGGCGGAUACGCUAGUGAGGAGGUAUCCUUCCGUGCGUAUCGCAAGCCUGCGGUUGCAUUGGUCCGUGGCAUCCAAGUUGGCUGCCCGAAGCCUGGAGGCGUCCAAGGCAAGCAAAGAUCUCUGGGGAUAUGUGCAGGAGGAUUCCGCAGCAGAAGCUUUCCUCUUGGCCUUGGCGAAAGAGAAUACAGCGUGGGCAGGCCACGAGAGGUUCUUCAUCGUCGCACCGGAAACCACGCGCGACGAAGAGUCUUCCAAACUUGCUAGAGAGCAUUGGCCGGAGGUUCCUCAGAGCCAUGCAUUAGUUGGGAGACAAUCUUUCUUCGACUGCGGAAAGGCGGAGAGACUGUUGGGUUGGGUCCACAAAGAGUGA